GGAAAGCUAGGGUUUUGCAAACUGCAGUCGGAGACACAGCAGAGUCGCCGCUUCUUCUAAGAGUCGAAGGGUUGAGCAAAAUGAAGACAAUUCUCUCAUCUGAGACUAUGGACAUACCGGAUGGGGUUAAGAUCAAGAUCAAUGCCAAGGUCAUAGAGGUGGAGGGUCCUCGAGCGUUGGAAGGCCAUCUCCAACACCAAAAUGAAAAUUGGCGCAGCGUUGGAGAUGGCUUAAGGAUGAAGAUACCGAAAAACGCAAACUCAAGAUGGAAGCUUGGUUCGGCUCCAGGAAGACCAGCGCUGCCAUCCGUACUUCCCUCAGCCGAGUUGAGAAUCUCAUCACCGGUGUCACCAAAGGUUACCGCUACAAAAUUGCGAUUUGUUUACGCUCAUUUCCCAUCAACGCCUCCAUUACUAACUCCAACACUGCCAUUGAGAUUCGGAACUUCCUUGGUGAGAAGAGGGUAUCUUUCUUUUAUUCUUUUCUUGCUAUUACAAUCUCAAUAUGCCUCGAAAUGUUUGUCAGUUUAGGAUGAGGAUAGUUUUUAAAGUGGUUAAUAUAUUCUGAUGUUGAUUUGAAAUUGUUGAAAUGCUAUUUCCUUUGGCUCAUGUUGCUAUUUA